AUGCUUCUCAUGGGGCGUCGGCGCUUCGAGGUGAAGCCCUUUGUCCUCCGGCUUCUGCUCUGGGCCGUGAUUGUUGUCGCGGGUGCUGUUGCUCUCUACUUGACCAUUUCCUACGCCGCGAUCCCGCUCCUUAUCUGGUUAUCUCCGACCCUGAAUCCGACCUUGUAUGAUCUGGGCUUCUAUGGUGGUUCGCCUUCGCAGACAUAUGUGUCGAAUGGCUUGAGCUCGCCGCGGACAAGCAUAGGCAAACACGACCCGGAUUGCGACAAGGGGUAUACCUUUCUCAAUUACAAUGGAGGCUCCAUCCCCAAUCCUGGUCCUGCAAUACUGGAUAGUAAUCGUGAACUUAUUUGGAAAGGGGAAGGUUUUGCCGUUACGACGAAUCUAAAAGUCCAGAGUUACAUGGGCCAGCAAUACUUGACGUUUUGGUCUGGAAAGAAGGGAGGGACCAUGGGCAGAGGCGUCUAUCACAUGUUGGAUAGCUCGUACGAUGUCAAACACACAGUUUCAGCUGUUGCGAAGGGAAGCGAGAUCGAAGGUGAUCUCCACGAGUUCAAAAUCACCCCAAACAAUACCGCGCUGUUGACGUUCUACAAUGUGACUCCGGCCGACCUCUCCUCGCUGGGUAAAUGGAAGAACGGAUGGCUCGCCGACAGUGGGUUUCAGGAAGUCGACAUUGCGACUGGCGAGCUGCUCUUCGAGUGGAAAGCCUCAGACCAUUUCCAAGUCAAUGAGACUUUCAUGACUCAUCCAUUUGGCGGAUACAUCAAAAGCAUUCCUUUCGACUUCUUCCACAUUAACAGCGUCGACAAGGACUCCAAGGGCAACUAUCUCAUCUCCUCACGCCAUACCCAUUCGGUCAGCUGCAUCAGCCCGGAUGGCCAAAUCAUAUGGAUUCUUGGCGGCCAACGCAACCAAUUCAGGGACCUCUCAGCGGGCGACGCUGUCAACUUCAAGUGGCAGCAUGAUGCACGUUGGGUCAGCGAAGAAGAAGGUAUCAUCACGCUUUUCGACAACAAGGAAGGAGGGCCCUUGCAUGUCGAUGGCCCAUACAGCCGAGGCAUGAUGCUCAAGCUGGAUAUAGCCAACCGUACCGUAACCCUUCUGCACUCGUAUGUGUCUCAAUACCAGACACGGACGCCUUCACAGGGCUCGGCGCAAUACCUUCCUGACACCAGACACGUGUUCGUGGGCUUUGGCCAUUCUCCGGUCUUGAGUGAGUUUUCUCUGGACGGAACUCUGCUGUGCGAGGUCCAUUACGGGGCGCCGUGGCUUCACGUCUUCACUACGGCAGUUUCGUACAGAGCUUUCAAAUCAGCAGGUUGGAUUGGCAAGCCUCGAGAGCCCCCUGCAGCAAAGAUCGUGGAUGACCUGCUCUAUGUUAGUUGGAAUGGAGCGACAGAGGUAGAAGCAUGGGUGUUGCAGGGAGGUGGCACAGGAGAGCACGAAGAGGAAUGGAGCGAUCUCGAUUUCAUUGACAAGGAGUUCUUCGAAGAGAGUUUUGAUCUGUCCCAGCUCUCUCAAUAUUCUCGGUUUCGCGUGGGAGCGCUGGAUCGAGAGGGUGAGAUCUUGGGAUACUCGGAUGUCGCUCCACGAGAAAGCUCUGGGAGCUGGUGGGGGUUUGUACUCGCCGUCUUUCUAUGGGGAGUGGCAUGCAAGGUCGCCUGGAUGGGCUACGGGUGGGUCGCUCGACACCGCGGCGCUGGUAGAAGAGGCGUUUCGUGGGUUGUUGGGAAGAAAUGGUGA